GUCCUAGGUGAUGGACUAUAUGCCGAUGAACCCUUAGCUGAUGAAGAAUGGAUAAAAAAGUACCAAGAAGAAGUUGUUGAAACAAAUAAGCUAGAGCACGAACUACGGGAAAGACUUGAAGGGUCAAUUCAAGUGGAUUCUUGGUGAGUGUCGGCAAAUUUGUCGUAUGAUCGUGUGAAGAUCGAAGUAAAAGCUUAUGUAAAUAAUCGAGUACUUGCUUCUUUGGCGGCGUGAUUGCUGUAAUCUAUGAUGAGAGUUUGUAUGAUUCUAGCUACCUUGAUUGCUAUAGGUGUUCCUGUGGAAACUGCAGCCGUGUUGUCCUUCAGAAUUUGAACGAGUGCUACUGCUGACAGGAGCCAGAUGGUUGCAAAGAAGCCACCUGUAGCUAAAGAGUUCUUGAAGAUAUUCAACCCGAAACGGCCUUAAGGUGUAUCACACAACAUCCUGGUCUUGGUCCUGUCUGCCUUCAAAGUGAAGCUUACGUAUGGCUGGCGAACGUGUCAAGACCAAAGCCAAACAGAGAUAUAGACAAACUGGAUCCGAAGAAAGGUGAGAUAGUUUUUGUUAUGUUUGUGCCCCAUUGGAGUCAAAUACGAUCGACAUGGUACACACUCGAUUUGAAAACAUAAAAUUCUUUAAUACAUCGUCCAGCCGAAAUUAAAUACUUUUCUUAUUGUCUUUUUUUUGUUGUAACAGUUACUUGCGUAGCAUUGCUUAUAGGGAGUUUUCAAGGCUUGUCUAUGGUUUUCUGGGAAACAAGCGAAUUCCUCUUCCUGCGUGUGCUUACACGGCAAUAAGAAAACAAUUUCUCGUCGGCACAGAUGAAACCUACACUGGAUUCGAACUCGACGAAGAUGAUUAA